GGCGGGGGGCGGCGGCGGAGGGGCCGAGAGCUGGCGGCGGCGGCGGUGGUCGUGAAGGGCAUCGGUGACGGAGAUGAUCUGAAGAUGGAAAGAGCCAGGCGAAGGGGAGGCGGCGGCAGCGGCGGCGGCCGUGGCCGCGGAGGCAAGAAUGUAGGGGGCCCUGGCCUAAGCAAGAGUAGACUCUAUCCCCAGGCCCAGCAUUCUCACUACCCCCACUACUCCGCGUCAGCCACCCCUAAUCAGUCUGGGGGAACAUCCGAAAUCCAGGAGCUAGCCUCCAAACGUGUGGACAUCCAGAAAAAGAGGUUUUACCUAGACGUGAAGCAGAGCUCCCGGGGCCGCUUCCUAAAGAUAGCGGAAGUCUGGAUAGGGAGAGGCCGGCAGGACAAUAUCAGAAAGAGUAAACUGACCCUCUCCCUGUCGGUAGCAGCAGAGCUGAAGGACUGUCUAGGCGACUUCAUCGAGCACUAUGCCCAUCUGGGCCUGAAAGGCCACAGGCAGGAGCAUGGCCAGAGCAAAGAGCAAGUCUCCAGGAGGCGGCAGAAACACUCUGCACCCUCCCCGCCGGUGUCAGUGGGGUCAGAAGAGCAUCCUCACAGUGUCCUCAAAACGGACUAUAUAGAGAGGGACAAUAGGAAAUACUACCUGGACCUAAAGGAGAACCAACGAGGUCGCUUCCUAAGGAUUAGACAAACCAUGAUGCGGGGCACUGGCAUGAUCGGUUACUUUGGCCACAGUUUGGGCCAGGAACAGACUAUUGUCCUCCCAGCACAAGGUAUGAUUGAAUUUCGUGAUGCCUUGGUUCAGCUGAUUGAAGACUACGGCGAAGGAGACAUAGAAGAACGAAGGUGUGGAGACGACGACCCACUUGAACUCCCAGAGGGGACCUCUUUCAGAGUGGACAAUAAAAGGUUCUACUUUGAUGUGGGCUCUAAUAAAUAUGGAAUUUUCCUGAAGAUUCUAUUUCACAUUUCUCGAAGUACUAUGAUGGAAUCUCACUCAGUUCACUACCCUUGUGAACCAUCUGGAUCACCAUGGAACAACUGAAGGUUAGAAGAAAAUGUCAGUACGAGCGUUAAUAGCACAUGGUGGGUGUUGAGACUAUAAAAGUAGCAAGGAUUUCUAACCAGUCCUAACUGUAAGAUAACGUAACUCUGUAGGCUUAAUAGGAAGUAGCUUGGGGUAUAUGAAGGAGUGGUGUGCACUUGAAUUACUGUACUACUGAUUGUUAUUGCUGCCCAUCAUAGUGCCUGUUAAUAAUAAUCAACCUGUCAGAUUUCGGCAAACCGGAGCUGUGAAUAUUCCAUUACUCAGUUGUCCCAAUUACUAUUGCUGUGAGUAUAUACUCGCUCUUAAAAAUCUUAUCUUCCUCUUUUGAAAUAUUUAUAUACGUUAGGACUAACUGAUUGUUUUUUUGGUUUUUAGUCUGAUGAGGUUUAAAUGUGUAUAUACAUAUGUGUGUAUAUACCUACGGUACUAUGUCAGACAUGAAGAUAAAUAUAUUUAAUUCACUGUAAAUACAUAUUACUAGCUUCAUUUCAUAUUAAUUAUUUAAGUAAAGGACUAGCUAAAUAGCCACAUUUUCUACCUUAUAUGUAUACUUCAAAGUUCUUGCCAUCUCAAAGCUACAGAUUGGGUGUGUGUAUUUGUGUGUGUGUGUGUGUGUGUGUGUGUGUGUGUGUAUAUAUAUAUAUGUAUAUAUAUAUAUAUAUAUAUAUUGGAUUGAACAUACUCUAGAAGCACUAAGACCUUUACCAAUCCUUUGUUUACCUUCUCAUAGUUACUAUAUUCAUUGAAAAAUGGUAUGAUGCUAUGAUUUUUUGAUACUUAAAAUUCCCAAGAGUUCAUUAGCCAUAAUUGUGAUCCAGUUCGAACAUAUGGACUUAGGAUGUCUGUUACCAUGUAUCUGAUAAGCUACUAUUUUUAUCUGUGCAAUAUACUUUUUAUUUAUUGUCCUUUGUAACAUAAAUGGAGCUGCAAGUGUACAUGGUAUUCUUCAACAUAACAGGAUCCUCGCUCGCCUCGAGGGCGUUAGACUCUUAUGGAGACUGAUGGUAGAAGUGAAAGUGAGCAUUGACAUUAGUAACCAAAAUUACUAGUUCACUGUAUAAUGCUAAAACACUGAUGAUGUUUGCACAUAGUAAUCGAGCAUAAUGUGGACAGACUCCAACUGUAAUAAUAUAAGCUAAUAGUAUAAAAUCUGGAAACGGGUUCCUCAAUAGUUGGCAGUGUGCUCCUAGCAAUUAAAAGCAGCGCGAAUACGCUGCGUAUAUGCAAAAGAUGCAAUGUAUUAUAAAAAUAUUCAAGUUCUGCCACAUUUUAUUAUUUUUCCUUCUUAAAGCCCCAAACUGCCAUGUCCCUUAAAACUUGAGUCAAACACAAGCUUAUUUGCACUAAAGAGCAUGGCCAAAAAAAUAAAUGACAGGGUGGAAAAGCUAUUUAGAACCUCUUGAAAUGAUUGGUUCUAAUGGGAGAAUUUCACAUUUGUCUAUUUGAAAGCUAUAUGGUCCAGGCAGACAAUCUGUCAGUUCACUAAUUUAAUAAUGCACUUUACCUUUUGUAUAUAGAAGAUGUACAUUUAUGCCCCUUGACAGGCAGGCUGUGUUUCAGUAACUAUGUAGCUAGACUCUGUAGGAUGAUCUCUUGCAUGCACAUGUUUGUGUUAGAACUAUUGUAACAGGUUUCUGUUAAGGCAGUGUAAUGGAAAAGGAUGGAAGAUGGUUUUAAAGCAAGUCUCAAUUCAUUUAACAAGGAAUUUUAAAGUAGAUUUUGUAUUUGUAUUAAAGACUAGAAUAAUAUAAAACUAUUUCUAAUCCAGAUUAGUGUUGCAGUUCAGACUAUAUCUACUUGAGACUUCCCAUAAUACUCCAAAAAUUAAAUUGGGGAAUCUAGCCAGAUAACUUUUUUAAUAAUUCUGUUCCAUUGUUAAUAUGUGUUUAAGUUACUAAUAAAAAGACAGUACGUGCUACAGCUCUAGAAUUUAAAGUAUGGUUAGCUUAUAUUUUAAAAUUCACCAGACUAAAGUAAUAAAGUUUCAAGUAAGGAGUAUGAAGAGCUUAAUAAGUUACUAAAAAAUAAAUAGGAUAUUUCAAAAUUUGCAAAAGUAUUAACCUUUAACAAAUCAAAAGAGAACUGGGGAAUUCGGUGUAUCCUUCUACCCCGAACACAUUUGAAAAUGUAUAUUUGAAAAACUAGAUAAUUGUUGCUUAAUAAUAGGUUGUAUGUACUUUACUGAGAAAACACUGUGUACUAACAAUUCAUCAAGGCUGUGCUAUAUUUAUUGCAUUCAUUUUAUAUCUAUAGAUAAGAAACAUAUAUAGUCAUCCUAUCUUAAUCUAAUCAUGUAUUUAUAUUGUAAUUUUGCAAAUAUUUUCAGUAAAAUAAACAUUUAUCUGAGCUGCACAGUUUGAAGAGGAUGAAAUUGGACUAUAAUCUCAGAUACUCAUUUUUAAUCAGCAGCUACCAUUGAAAACUGAUGUAUUGUCAUUUCUUGAGAUUUAUUUUACAGUUUACUUAAUAUUUAAAUGAAUGAGGCUUAGUUUGAGUUUUAAUUGGUUAUUUGAAAAUGAGGUUGGUUUUUUUUUUUUUUUUUUUCUUGCUUCCUUCCAAACAACUUUGACUGAAACAUGAAAUCCUCUUCCAAACUUUAGGUAAGGGCUUUGGUGAGUCAUCACCUAGUCUGAAGUCAGUCUUUACCAAACACCAAACAUCUUUGGUGGGAUAUUUUGUCAAAAGAAGUUAACAUUGUUUCCAUGCCUCCAGAAUGGUACAGAUACAAGACUUGGCAUUGCCAGAUAAGAUUCAUUAAAACCUUUCUGAAGUUUCCUGACAGAUGUCUUGACUUCCAUAGAGAAAUUGUGGCUAAUGGCUAGCCUAUCAGAGGAAGGGAAUAAGGAAUUAGCAUUCUGCUGUAACCAUCUGUAGUCUACAGUAGCACCAGAGUACAGGAAAAAUGUGUUUCCCAAUCCAAUAUCUUACGAAAAUUGUUUUCUAGAUCACAGCAAGUCUACCAUAAAGAAAAUAUGAUCAAAUAUACACAGGUAGAUUUUAGGGGAAAUUUUUACUAUUUUUUUUAUAAACUGAGGGGAAAAUCAGUCUUUGUUCUUAAUCUGAUAUGACAUUUUUCAGCCAUGUGGAUUUGUUUUAGUGGUAAAUUUUAACAUUUUUGAAUAGAGAAAACUACUCCUAUAGCACCAGAUUUAUGGACAGAGGAUGUAGCUGGGUUGGAGGAAUGUUUGCCCAGAGUGCACAAAGCCCUGGACUUGAUUCCCAUACACAUAAGGGAGGUAUAGGAGCGCGUGCCUUUGUCACAUCAACACUAAGGUGAAGGCAGGAGGAGCUAAAGCUGAAGGUCGUCCUCAGCUCCAGUAACUGCAGCCCGAGCUGCAUGCAAUGUAGCUCCAAAUAAUAAUAAGAAGAAGAUGCUACAGUAGACAAUGAAAAGUAGCAACCAGUGUUAAUAAUUUGUUACUCUAUCCUUUUAGAGUCAUUCUCACGUGUAAACAUGUAUAUACAUAUAUUCUUUUCAAAUGCAUAAACACACGACCCUCCCAUUCCUAAUAAUAUCAACUUUAGGUCUGGCAUUUAAGGAUUUUUUUUCUCUUUUGACUAAAUAUAUUUUAUCUUGCUAGCAUCACUUUUAUACAGAGAAAACAUCAAGAAAAUAAUAAGUGAAUCCCAUUGGUAUAGACUUCGAUUGCAGAUGUCUGUGUUUCUUGUUAGGUGUACAGAGUCACAGCUUCCCAUCCUAGUGUCCAUCCUCACACCUGCCCACCUCACCUUCCAUGUCGCUCUCUGUGUCCCUCUCAAAAAACUAUUGUUGUUUUUCCUAAAGUAACACGUUAGUUCAGGAGAAUCUGGAUAUUAAUUAAUACAGCCAAGUGGCAUGUGAGGUUAACUGUGUUCUCUAGUGAAAAGCUCUGAUAUUUAAAAGCUUUAACAAAUUAUAGCUUUCAAUUUUUACUAACUGUGCUACUAUUUUUUUCAUCCAAAGACCUUGCCAUUAUGAGCACGUGAGCAUUAGAACUGUAGCGAAGAGAUUUUAUGUUAUGGCUUUGUUCAAAUUGCUUGAUUCAUUAACAUGAAGCAUUUUAUCCAUGUGUCAAGGAAGGUAUAAAGUUUAUUUAACAGCUUUUGAUAUGAUGUCUACACAAAGAAACAGCACUGUUCGUAAUCAUUUAAAGCACUAUUUUUUUCUUGAAUUUGUUUUGGGGUG